AUGGCUACCACAACUAAUGUCUCAAAAAAAAGAAAAUUUAUUCGUGAAGGUGUUUUUCAUGCUGAACUUAAUGAGUUUUUCAUACGUGAAUUAGCCGAAGAUGGUUAUUCGGGGCUUGAAAUUCGUGUAACACCACAACGUACAGAAAUUAUUAUUAUGGCAACAAAAACUCAGCAAGUACUGGGUGAAAAAGGUCGCCGUAUUCGAGAAUUAACAUCGGUUAUUGAAAAACGCUUUGGUUAUCCUGAAAAUUCCAUCGAAUUAUUUGCUCAAAAAGUCGUCACUCGCGGCUUAUGUGCUAUAGCUCAAGCUGAAUCAUUACGUUACAAACUUAUGGGUGGUCUUCCAGUUCGACGAGCUUGCUAUGGUGUCCUACGUUUCAUUAUGGAAUCAGGUGCUCAAGGCUGUGAAAUUAUUGUUUCUGGUAAACUACGUGGUCAACGUGCCAAAGCUAUGAAAUUUAUUGAUGGUUUAAUGAUUCACUCGGGCAAUCCUGUUAAUGAUUAUGUACAAUAUGCUGUACGACAUGUUUUACUUCGUCAAGGUGUACUUGGUAUUAAAGUUAAAAUCAUGUUACCACAUGAUCCCAAAGAAGGCAAAGGUGUUAAAAAACCGUUACCUGAUCAUAUUCAUAUCGUUCAACCAAAAGAUGAAUCACCUAUUGCGCAACCAUAUUCCGAACCAAAAGAGAAAAAACUUGAACCAUUAACUCAACAAUUGGUUAAUCCACAACAAUUGCCACCUCAACAACAAGCCCAACUACAGCCAGGAGCACCAAGCAAUCUUGCUUAUCAAUAA